AUGUUGGGGCGCGUUCUCGCGGCAUGUGCGUUAGCAGCAUUGGCGCUCGCUGCGACUCCGGCCGAAUGGCAGCAGAGGUCGAUCUACCAGCUUGUUACAGACCGAUUUGCUACCUCAGAUGGCUCCUCGCCAUCGUGCGACACUGAGGAUCGCGUUUACUGCGGCGGUACCUGGCAGGGGAUCAUCAAUGAGCUCGACUACAUCCAGUACAUGGGUUUCGACGCUGUCUGGAUCUCACCCAUCGUUGCAAACCUCGAAGGCAGCACAGGCGAUGGCUAUUCAUAUCAUGGGUACUGGACUGUGGAUCAAAACGCGCUCAACGACCAUUUCGGUACGGCAGACGACCUGAACAACCUCGCCUCCGCGCUGCACUCCCGCGGCAUGUACCUAAUGGUCGACGUCGUCGUGAACCACAUGGCAGCCAACACGCUCCCGCCCGACUACUCCACCUUCACGCCGUUCGACGCGGAGUCGUACUUCCACACGUUCUGCUGGGUCACGGACUACAGCAACCAGACGAACGUCGAGCAGUGCUGGCUCGGCGACGACAGCGUGCCCCUCGCGGACUGCAACACUGAGAACGACGACGUGAUCGACUUCUUUUACAGCUGGAUCGGGCAGCUCCAGAGCAACUAUAGCGUGGACGGGUUUAGGAUCGAUACGGUGAAACAUAUCAGGAAGGAUUUCUGGCCGGACUUCCAGAACGCGGCGGGCGUGUACGCCGUCGGCGAGGUAUUCGACGGGGACGUGAACUACGUCGCGCCCUAUACCGAGGUUCUUGACGGAAUCCUAGACUACCCGACGUACUACCAGCUCACGUACGCGUUCGAAUCGACGAGCGGGUCGAUCCAGAACCUCGUCAACGUCAUCCAGUCCGCGCAGUCCGCGUACGAGAACAAGCUCUUCACCGUCGGCACCUUCCUCGAGAACCAGGAUAACCCGCGCUUCCAGAGCAUCACCACGGACCAGGGCUUGGUGAAGAACGCGAUGGCGUGGCCGUUUAUCGCGGAUGGGAUCCCCAUUCUGUACUAUGGUCAGGAACAAGGCUAUACUGGCGCCAACGACCCCUACAAUCGUGAAGCUCUGUGGCUCUCUGGCUACGAAGAGGACAAACCGCUCGUGCAACACGUCCGCAUCCUCAACGCCGCCCGCAAAGCCGCCAUCGCCGCCAGCAGCAGCUACCUCUCCACCGCGGUCACCUUCCCCUCAGUCGGCGGCAACACACUCGCGGUGUCCAAGUACCCCAUGCUCGCGUUGCUUACGAACGUCGGCGCGAGCGGCACGCCGGCGUGGGACGUCUCGUCGGGCACUGGCUACGCCUCGGGCACGGAGCUGAUCGACGUGCUUACGUGCACGACGUACACCGCGGGCAGCGGCGGGAGCGUCAGCGUCACCGGGAGUGAGGGGGCCCCAGUCAUCCUCCUCCCGACGAGCGUGUUCAACACGACGUACUGCAGCGAGCUCGUCGGCACGAACUCGUCGAGCUCGGACACGGUCGCGGUCACGUUCGAGAUCGCGUACGACACCACUUACGGGGUGACGGUGGACCUGCCGCCGAGCACGACGAUCGAGUACAAGUACAUCACGAAGGUUAAUGGCGACGUCACUUGGGAGGACGACCCGAACAACGAGAUCACGACGCCCCCAAGUGGGAGCGUCACCCAGAACGAUAGUUGGCAUUGA